CUAUCCUGCACGAAUCGGAACAGAAUCUUCACAGAUCAGGAUCCAUUUGCAUCCCUACGCGUAUAGGUCAAGCCGAAAGCCCGAAACUAGCGAGAAGCCUACUUCCGAAUCCCGCAGCCGACCGAUUCGAAGAUCGCCAGAAAGCCAUGGAGAAAAAGCGGAAGUCAAAUGACUCUAUUAAUGCAUACUCGGUACAGUGCGAAAAUUGUUUGAAAUGGAGGUUGAUUCCUACAAAAGAAGAGUAUGAAACUAUCCGGCACAACUUCAUCGACGACCCAUGGGUCUGCAGCAAGAAACCAAAUGCUUCCUGCGAUGAUCCUGCUGGAGACAUCGAGUACGACAACACUCGGAUAUGGGUGAUUGAUAAACCAAACAUACCUAAGCCUCCGCCUGACACUGAAAGAAUCUUGAUAAUGAGGAAGGACUUGUCGAAAAUGGAUACUUACUACAUUAUGCCUAAGGGAGGGAAGAAGGCCCGUUGCUCGGGGGAUGUGGAGAAGUUUCUAGAAGCCAACCCUGAAUAUAAAGAUACAAUGUCUGUUUCAAGCUUUAGUUUUACGGCUCCCAAGAUUAUGGAGGAGACAGUUUCUAGGAACUCAGAAGUAAAGGCUUCAGCUAAAAGUAAGCUAAGAAUAGCGAAUUCGGAUAACAAUUGAGGGAGAUGUACAUGUAGCAUGCAUAAUAACAGUUCUUUUAGAGAAGGAUGAGUUCUAAAAAGAUGUUCUUCUCUUUAAUGCGAUAAUCUUGUAAUCUUUGCGGUGUACAACAAAUGAAAAAAAAAAAAAAAAAGGAACAAAUCUGUAGCUUGUUUUAAGUUAUGGCUUCCUUGUACCUGAAUUUGAGGGAGACAUUUAUUUUGUAGCUCGAUAUUUGAUCCUUUUUGAAACCAGUAGUAUGUUUUACAG